CGAAGGACCCCAAAGGGCCAAGAUGGCUGCGCCCGUGACAGACGCCGGGGAGUUUGAAAGCUGGCUAAAUGAUCGUCUGGACUCCCUGGAUGUGGACCGUGAGGUGUAUGGGGUGUACAUUUUAGGGGUCUUGGAAGAAGAGGAGAGCGACGAGGAAAAAGAAGACGCGCUUCAAGGAAUAUUAUCCGCAUUUCUGGAUGAGGAAUCAGUAGCCGACAUCUGCCAACAGAUCAUCAAACAGUGGACAGAGCACCGCAGCCGGUCGGCAGCGAAAAAAGAUGCUGAUGAUGCUGAGGUACAGGCCAUCGCCAGUAUGAUAGAAAAACAAGCCCAGAUUGUGGUGAAACACAAGGAGGUGUCAGAGGAGUCCAAGAAAAGGAAAGAAGCCCUCCUUGCCCAAUAUGCUACUGUAACAGACGACGAGGAUGAAGCUGAGGAAGAGGAGCCGACAAGUGGAAAUAACUUUCCCACAAAUGAGAAAUCCCUCUUUAAGAACACCAAUGUAGAAGAGGUCCUGAACAGACAGAAGCAAAAGCGGGACCAGGCACGAGAAGAUUCUCAGAAGAAGAAAGAGACGGAUAAGAUGCAGCGGGAGAAGGACAAACUAGCCAAACAAGACAGGAAAGAGAAGGAAAAGAAGCGUACACAGAAAGGUGAACGCAAAAGAUAAAACCAAAAGAAAGGACACUUUGUUUGGAAGAGUUGUUUUUUUUUUUUUUAAAGACAAAAAAGUAAAACAGCUAUUGCCUCUUUCUAUCUAAAAGUCAUUGGCAUCUUCAGUGUGUUAAUUUGUCUUCAUCUGAACCUCUUAAUUACUUUUAGGAACGUCAUGAAAUGGAUCAAAAUACUAGAUGUUGUGCAAGUUAAAUUUUCAGAUUUUUUUCUGUUUUGGAUACUGAUAUGUGCAGAAAUGUUAUAAAUGAUUUCUUGGAUUAAAGCGCAUAAUGCCUGUAAUAGUGUGAAUCUUAAGACGUAUAUCCAAUAAGUUUUAUUUUUUUCUUUAAGAACGAGUAACAAAAUUAAGCUUCAAACACCUUAAUCAAGAAUCCAUUUGAUAACGGUAAAAUAGUUUGAGAAGCAGCUCAGUCCAGAGUUACUACUUUGCUCUGAGCCACUAUCUCCCUCAUGCCUUUGAUUUUUGCACAACUUUUACUUGGAGACAAAUGUAUUCCCUCAAUUGCUCUGCACUUGUAGGUUGAAGUUCUACAGUUUACACAUUUCCUCUGUUAGAACAAAAGAGCCGUUGCUCAAUCGUACCUCAAAACAUGUACCACAAUUGAAACAUUUAUAAUGAGGUUCAUCAUCUUUUUAAAUGAAUAAAAAGCAUUUCAGCAA